AUGAAGGCUCUCAUCCUCGUCGGCGGCUUCGGCACCCGUCUCCGCCCCCUCACCCUCUCCCUCCCCAAGCCCCUCGUCGAGUUCGGCAACCGCCCCAUGAUCGCCCACCAGAUCGAAGCUCUGGCCGCCGCCGGCGUGACCGACAUCGUGCUCGCCGUCAACUACCGCCCCGAAGUCAUGACCGCCGCGUUGAAGAAGUACGAAGAACAAUACAACAUCAACAUUGAAUUCUCCGUCGAGACCGAGCCAUUGGGUACCGCUGGGCCAUUAAAAUUGGCGGAGAAGACGCUCGGGAAAGAUGAUAGCCCGUUUUUCGUUCUGAACUCAGAUAUCAUCUGUGAUUUCCCGUUCGAACAACUGGCGGAAUUCCACAAGUCGCAUGGACAGGAGGGGACGAUUGUGGUCACGAAAGUCGAAGAGCCGAGCAAAUACGGCGUCAUCGUGCACAAACCCGACCACCCUUCCCGCAUCGACCGCUUCGUGGAGAAGCCCGUCGAGUUCGUCGGCAACCGCAUCAACGCCGGCAUCUACAUCCUCAACCCUUCCGUCCUGCAGCGCAUCGAGCUCCGCCCGACCUCCAUCGAGCAGGAGACGUUCCCCGCGAUCGUGAAAGACGGCCAGCUCCACUCUUUUGAUCUAGAGGGCUUCUGGAUGGACGUCGGACAGCCGAAGGAUUUCCUCAGCGGGACCUGUCUCUACCUCUCUUCCCUGACGAAGAAGGGCAGCAAACUCCUCACCUCCACCUCGGAAUCGUACGUCAACGGUGGCAACGUCAUGAUCGACCCUUCAGCCAAAAUCGGCAAGAACUGCAAGAUCGGACCCAACGUCGUCAUCGGGCCGAACGUGGUGAUCGGGGAUGGUGUGCGCUUACAGCGGUGCGUGUUAUUGCAGGGGUCGAAGGUGAAAGAGCAUGCCUGGGUGAAGAGCACGAUUGUGGGCUGGAACAGCACGAUCGGGCGGUGGGCAAGAAUGGAGAAUGUGAGCGUGUUGGGGGAUGAUGUGAGCAUUGGGGAUGAGGUAUAUUGUAACGGGGCGAGUGUGCUGCCGCAUAAGAGUAUUAAGCAGAAUGUUGAUGUUCCGGCGAUUAUUAUGUAA